AUGAAGCUCCUUACCAACAUCCUCGGUGUUGUCUUGUGCAGUGCCGUUGCCGUCAAUGCACGGGCACCCGACUCACAGCAAACUCCCGACAUCGAAGUUCCGAAAGCCCAACCCAGCAUUGACGUACUGCGCGAGAAGGCUACCCGCCAGUGUAUCAGAUAUUGUUUUGAUGGAGUCGCCGGAGUAGACGAAGAUCCUACUGAGUGGGAUAGUGCGAUCGGUUGUGCAUACACAUGCGGCACAAUGAAAGUUCCAGACGAUUCCUUGGAAUACAUGCUUCACUAUGGUUGGGCGUUGGAGGGGCUCAGUAGGGCACCCAAAUACUUACGCAAACGAGCCUCUUGGCUGCGGGAUCUCCUUGAUGCGAACAUUCAGUAUCCGUCUGCGGACCCAAACAACCACUACAGACACGUUUUGGAAAGUAUCGAGAACUUGAAAAGCCAGUUCACUUACUAUCCGACAAAUGAGAUGGGAGAACUGGUAAGAAAGGCGAACUCCGAAGAAGAUGUCAAGCGAACUGCCGCGCUGAGCGAUGGACCGUUUGAGUCAAUGCCAGCAAACGAAGGCACUGACGCUCCAUCGUACGGAGAUCUCCUUGAUAGGGACAGUGAUUCGCCGUCUGCGGACGAGGACGAGGACGCGGAAUAUGCGGAAUUUCUGAGCAGCAAUUGGGAAUAUGCCGACAAGAUCAGUGCCUUGUGGAAUACUGAUAGGAGGUAUGUGGUGGGAGUCCCGGAAAAGACAGGUUCAUCAUCAGAGGGUUCCAGCCGAUAUUGGUUGUACACGUAUGACGGUCGGAAAUUCGGGCCGUACGACAACAAAGCUCUGGUAGAGUUCGAACUUUAA